CACAGGAAGAUCACACCAUCCCCCACCAUUAUCAGGAUGAGGAACUGAAAGACAUCAAAGCCGAGACUAAAGAAGAAGAAGAGAUGUUGAUGAGUGGAGAUCAGCAGUCUAUGGGAGAGGGAGGUCCUCUAUAUUCCCAGAAUUCCACACAGACAGAUCACACCAUCCCUCACCAUCAUCAGGAUGAGGAACUGAAAGACAUCAAAGCCGAGACUAAAGAAGAAAAAGAGAUGUUGAUGAGCGGAGAUCCGCAGUAUAUGGGAGAUGGAGGUCCUCUGUAUUCCCAGAAUUCCACACAGACAGAUCACACCAUCCCUCACCAUCAUCAGGAUGAGGAACUGAAAGACAUCAAAGCCGAGACUAAAGAAGAAAAAGAGAUGUUGAUGAGCGGAGAUCAGCAGUAUAUGGGAGAGGGAGGUCCUCUGUAUUCCCAGAAUUCCAUACAGGAAGAUCACACCAUCUCACAAAGAGAUGUAAACCAGAACGAUUGUAAUAAUGCUGAUAAAGAAGAGAUAAAGGAGGAGGAUGAGGAGGUGAAUGUUAUGGGGGAGUUUUCAAAAGGACACAAGGACCUUUUCAAGGCCGUUGUGAUGGAGCCAUUCAGUGACACAAACCCACCAGAAAGAUGUCCCCGUCCUCUGUAUUCUCGGGAUUCCACACAGGAAGAUCACACCAUCCCCCACCAUCAUCAGGAUAAAUUAGGAAAAGACAUCAAACUUGAGGUUAAAAAGGAAGAAGAAGAGACGUUGGUGAGUGGAGAUCAGCAGUCUAUGGAGGAGAUAACCAUGAAAAGUGACCAGGAGGAAUCUUCUCUUUAUAUCAGCAGAAGAGGACACUAUGUCCUGAGUAACGUAUCUUCAGAAUAUAAAGAAAAAGAAAAUCCCACCACACAACGUUCUCCAGGAGAAAAUCCCACCACACAACAUUCUCCAGGAGGAAAUCCCACCACACAACGUUCUCCAGGAGAAAAUCCCACCACACAACGUUCUCCAGGAGAAAAUCCCACCACACAACGUUCUCCAGGAGAAAAUCCCACCACACAAUGUUCUCCAGGAGAAAAUCCCACCACACAACGUUCUCCAGGAGAAAAUCCCACCACGCUACGUUCUCCAGGAGAAAAUCCCACCACACAACGUUCUCCAGGAGGAAAUCCCACCACACAACGUUCUCCAGGAGAAAAUCCCACCACACAACGUUCUCCAGGAGGAAAUCCCACCACACAACGUUCUCCAGGAGAAAAUCCCACCACACAACGUUCUCCAGGAGAAAAUCCCACCACACAACGUUCUCCAGGAGAAAAUCCCACCACACAACAUUCUCCAGGAGAAAAUCCCACCACACAACGUUCUCCAGGAGAAAAUCCCACCACACAACAUUCUCCAGGAGAAAAUCCCAUCACACAACGUUCUCCAGGAGAAAAUCCCACCACACAACAUUCUCCAGGAGAAAAUCCCACCACACAACGUUCUCCAGGAGAAAAUCCCACCACACAACGUUCUCCAGGAGAAAAUCCCACCACACAACGUUCUUCAGGAGAAAAUCCCACCACACAACGUUCUCCAGGAGAAAAUCCCACCACACAACGUUCUCCAGGAGAAAAUCCCACCACACAACGUUCUCCAGGAGAAAAUCUCACCACACAACGUUGUCCAGGAGAAAAUCCCACCACACAAUGUUCUCCAGAAGAAAAUCCCACCACACAACGUUCUUCAGGAGAAAAUCCCACCACACAACGUUGUCCAGGAGAAAAUCCCACCACACAACGUUCUUCAGGAGUGAAUCGCAUUACACAAAUAAUACAUCAUAGAACUUAUCAUAUAGAGAGAUCCUGGGAUUUCUCUGAUCCUGAGGAUUCUUCUGAGGAUCCACAUACUAUUAUUUUUGAAUCUCACAGUACAGAUAAAUCAACAGAUCCAUCUAAUCCCGAGGACUCUUCCUUGAUCCAUGAAGGAUCUCAAGAAACCAGAGAGCCUCUUACACACCAGAAAAGUAAUAAAAAUGAGCGUCCAUUCUCGUGUCCAGAGUGCGGGAGAUGUUUUAAAAUGAAAGAAGUCUUUCUCAAUCACCAGAAAAUUCACACUGGCGAGCGUCCAUUCUCGUGUUCGUACUGUGGUAAAGGCUUCAUUCGGAAAGGACACCUUCUCGUACACCUGAGAGUUCACACAGGCGAGCAUACUUUCCCAUGUUCAGAGUGCGGCAAACGUUUUACUGUCAAAUCAAGCCUUCUUAAACACCACAGAGUUCACACGGGUGAGCGUCCCUUUUCAUGUUCAGAGUGCGGGAGAUGUUUUAUUCAGAAAGUAGAACUUGUUAAUCACCAAAGAAUUCACACGGGUGAGCGUCCGUUCUCGUGUUCGCACUGUGGUAAAGGUUUCACUCAGAAAGGAAACCUUCUAACACAUCAGAGAACUCACACAGGUGAGCGUCCUUUUUCAUGUUCAGAGUGCGGGAAACUUUUCAUUCGGAAAUGUGAACUUGUUGUUCACCAAAGAAGUCACACGGGGGAACGUCCUUAUUCAUGUUCAAAGUGCCGGAAAUGCUUCAGUAGAAAAUGUGCCCUUGAUCGACACCAGGGAAUUCACAUGGACUGACCACCUUUUUUAUGUUUAGACGGACCAAUGGGGAGUGUGAGAUCGUGUGUCCUUCCUUAUAGUCAGAAUGUAUAAAAUGUUUCUGUUAAAGAAAAACACUUCUUGGACCCCAGAAUAUUCACAAAGACUAAUAACGUUUUUGUGUUCAUAUUGGCUUAUUUGGAGGCGUGGCCAAAGUACAUUGUACUAUGAUGUCAUAGUUAUAGGUCUGCAGGGAUUCAAUUAUAGUAAUACGAUCCUCUAAACAAUGCUGACUUGGUCCCGCACUCACACAGGCCCCACCAUGGAGUACGACAACCCAUGGACCAUACUUUUUAUUGUUUGUUAUUAGCCAAUAUACUGUACAUCUUUUUUGCUUUACUGAAGGAACUAACUUUUUAUUGAACCGACUAAAGUAUAAUUAUUUUUAAAUUGGAUUUUUCUUUUAUUUCAGCUAUGCAAUAUUUAAUUUAGAUUAUUCAUUGUGUGUCAAUAAUGUAAUCUGAUUUUCUAUAAUAAACAAGAAAGCUCUACUCUA